AGAAGAGUCAAGACUCAAAGAGUGCUGUGCCGAAGCGGUGUAAACGGCUUCGUUUCAAGAGAGAGACAACCUUACCAGACUAAUUAUUAUCUUCGUAGUUCGAAGAACACAAAAUAUUACUCUCUCCGGUCUCCGUGUCAGUAAAGUAAAGAGUAAGAACCGCUUCUCAAGCAAAAAUGGGUUUAGCUUCAGCGCUUAACGCUCCUUCCAUCGGCCUCCAAUGGGCCGCGUGUCCCGGCGGCGAACCCGUCCUUCUGGGCCGCCGACCGGCCCAUCUCGUUCUGCCGCCUCAACGAAUUCCAUCUCGGUCUGCGUCCACGCUUGUCUUCUCUCGCCGUCGAAACCGCAACUCGGCAAUCACAUCUCCGAGAAAGAACAACAAGCUGCAAAAGUUGGGUAGAAAUGGAGGUUUGGAAGAGGAGGAAGAAGAAAUCGAUGAUGAUGCUUUUGAGGCGCUCUUUAGGCAGCUUGAGGAAGACCUUAAGAAGGACGAUCCAUCUCUGUUUGACGGUGACGACGACGACGAAGAUAUAAGCGAGGAAGACCUCGCUAAGCUUGACGAACAAAUUGCCGAGGUGUUUGAUAUGACUGGUUACGACAUUGAUGAGGAGGAUGAGGUUAUUGAGAUGGAAGAGGAAGACGAAGACGAAGACGAGGACGGGGACGAAGAGAAGGAGGAGGAAGAGGAAGAAGAACAACCCGUGACGCUUAAGAAUUGGCAACUUCGGAGAUUGGCUUCCGCUUUGAAAAUCGGUCGUCGGAAGACCAAUAUCAAAAGUCUUGCGGCCGAGCUGUGUCUCGACAGGCCUGUUGUUCUCGAAUUGCUACGAAAUCCCCCUCCAAAUCUUCUGAUGAUGAGUGCUGCUUUGCCUGAUCAUGAGCCUCCUCCGACAAUAACUGUCACUGAAGUGAAGACCAUAGAAACUGUUGUGGAGAAGACAACUACUCCCAAAUCAGACACUGCGGAGAAGGUUCCGGUUCAUGUCAUGCAACAAAGAUUCUCCAACCAAAAGAGGCUGAAGAAAGCUCACCUUCAAACUCUUGAAGAUGUUUAUAGAAGAACAAAGCGACCAACCAAUGCGAUGAUUAGCAGCAUUGUGCAUGUGACAAACCUGCCCCGCAAGAGGAUUGUGAAAUGGUUUGAGGACAAGCGUUCUGAAGAAGGGGUUCCUGACCAGCGGAUUCCAUAUCAACGAUCUGUUCACAAUACUGUUCAAUGAAGGAAUGUAUAGACAGAGGCAUGCACUUGGUAAGUUGUAUGUUAUGUUAUGUUUUACUUACAAGGAGUAGAUGAAGAAUUACUUGCUUUGUUUUUCAUGUCGUAGAAAUCUAAAAGUAUGUUGUGAUACUACUGCUAAGCUUAAGCCUAAGCCUAAGCCUAAGCUUUACUCUGGAGGACUCUUUUUGGGCUGAAGCCUUAGUUUGGAAAUUGGAACAGGAUUCUCCUUA